UCAUUAGUGGCAGCCUGAGUUUUUUUGGGGACCGUGACUGAGACACCAGGGUUUGACGCUGAAAAUGACUGACUGGUGACUUUUCUUAAAAUUGACCUUGUUCAGCGGUUGGCGGACAAUACCAACGUAGAUAAUCUAACCUAAUCAUGAGCAUCAACUGGACGAUGAUUGCACCGGACGGCCAUACGCCUAUACCCUUGCCAAGAGAAAAGAUAUUUUUCAAGCAAUCUAGUACGAAUUUCGAGUUGGAUUGUAGCGGCAGCGGAUAUCCGGGAACGUCAGGUGGAGCGUGGCACGACGCAAAUGGCAUAGUCUUUCUAUCUAAUCAAAGGGUGAUUUAUCUGCCUGACCGGCCAUCCCAGCAAUUCAAAUCUUUCCACGUCCCACUGCUCUCGCUCAAAAACUGUAAAUACGAACAACCGUGGUUUGCUGCCAAUUACAUCAGCGGACAUGUUCUGCCGGUGGCAGGUGGAGGACUUUCGCAACCGGGCCAAGUGAAGCUCACGUUCAAGGAGGGCGGGGGGUUUGAAUUCUAUUCAAUUUUCCGAGAGCUGCUGGAGCGCAUUGACGAAACCAACGAGGUGCCUCAGCAUCUGGAAGCGCUGCCAACCUACACAGCUUCAGGGUCUGUUGCACCCGGCGAGAUGCCUCCAGCCUACACUGAACCCUGAGCACUGCCAAAUGAAGCUCGCCAACCGCGGAGAUCACUCCAAAAUUGAAACACAUGUGACCAUUCAGGGUUUUUUUUUUCUUGGCUGGGCCUUGUGCAACUCAGAUAAUGGGGGGAGAGGUUUAAGCACACACGCACGGAGAAAUAAUGGUUUAGGGUAGUGAAUAAAGCCGUAAUGCAAUGGAUGAGUAUUUAUUUUCUUUUCAAAAGAACAUG